GCAUACAUGUGUGGGCGUGUCCCCUAUAAUCUGGGGUAGCCUCGGAAGAAGAAAAGGCUUGUGGUAGUGUGCGCAUAUGCCCCAAAUAACCCCGGGUAGCUUAGUCAGUCCCCUAACGUUGCGAGAGGCGCAUCAUGGAGGAAGUCUUCGCCGUCAUGAACUUACAACAACAACAACAACAACAGCCCCACGCUGCCGCUGCAACUCUUCAUGCUGACGAUGUUGACGAUCAGAUAAUGGGUCAAGCCGCAUUAGAAGUUGAAGCCAUGGAUAACACAUCCCAAGCUGAAGCCGUGGAUAACACAUCACAUCCCAGAAACGGAGCGGAUGUUGGUGGUGGUGAGGUGGGGGAUGUUCCAGAAACUCCCAAGUCUACCGGUGAACACAUCACGGGCGAGUCAUUGGGCAACAACAACCGCGGCGCGUUGGGAGGUGUCGGUAAAAUGGGGCGGCGCGUGCUGAGAGAGGGGCUUCUGCGACUUCUGAAGGAUGUGAUACCUCCAUUACCAGUGUCUCGUCUGAAGAACGACCCACCGGCCAGCGUAACGCAUAUCCACGGCAACAACAAUAGACACGCUUCGGUGAUGGUGUGUCUUGACUCUCCGUCGGGCGCUGAAUCGCGAGAGCGGCGGCGAAGUCGUCUGCAGCAAAAAGAUCAUGAAAUGCGUCAAUCACGACUGGAAAAAAAAAUGCAGCAUAUGGCGGAAGUGUUGCGGCAGCUCCAGCAGCAGGAGACGCACCAGAGACGACAAGAUCGCGACCGGGGACAAGAACGGCGGCGAAGAAUGACAAAGAAUAAUUUGCCGAAGCAGCAAGAACACCGGGACCCAAGACUGUCUCAGAAGAGCCUCCAUAAAGUUGGGAGAAAAAAACUUCAGGUGGCCAAACGUCAGGCGGGUCUCUUCUCCUCAGCGGCGGCGUACGGUCGGGGAAAACCAAUGAAAAAAAAUCUCUCUGUGACCAAGAAACUCGUCUUUGAAGACCCACCAGCGCGGCGUGCAGCAGCUGCGGCCGCUGGAGAAAAUCUCGCGCCACAACCGGGUCCUUCCAAUGCGGCUCGUGCGGACGAAACAAAUGAAAGCUUCUCAAGCACUGACCUUCCUUCAGCUUUCAAUUCUUUGAAUUUUUCUCAUAGCAUGGACGUGAAUAAUAUUAUAAAUGUUCUUGAUGAGAGUCCUAUAUUUAGUGCUUAGCAAUUUUUUUUUAUAUAUGUACUCGCUCUGUGUGUAUUAUUUUUUAUAUAUAUGUGCUUGUGUUGUGUAUUUUUUUUCUUCAUUUUUUUUUAUGGCGAUUGUGUAUUUUUGUUUUUAGGCUUAGCAUGUAUUUAGUCUGGAUUAAGAAAGAACAAAUUAGCCUGGAUUAAGAAAGAACAAAUAAAAUAGACUAGUAGGCUUAGCAUGUAUUUAGUCUGGAUUAAGAAAGAACAAAUUAGCCUGGAUUAAGAAAGAACAAAUAAAAUAGACUAGUAGGCUUAGCAUGUAUUUAGUCUGGAUUAAGCAAGAACAAAUUAGCCUGGAUUAAGAAAGAACAAAUAAAAUAGACUAGUAGGCUUAGCAUGUAUUUAGUCUGGAUUAAGAAAGAACAAAUUAGCCUGGAUUAAGAAAGAACAAAUAAAAUAGACUAGAUUAAGGUAAUAUAAUAACUUGUCAUACCAUUUUUUUCCACUAUAUUUCAAUAAAAAUGUAUAAAAUCUACUUUUCCCGUUCCUACCCCUCACUGAAAAGACAAUCGAUAUAACUCCAGUCAAUAUGAAAAUCAACAGUAACACACGCACACACACACACACGCAUAUGCUGGCAAACUGAA